AUGGCGCCUAAGAUGCCGGCACCACCAAGCGUUAAGAACAAGAGUAGGCCUGCAGGGGGGUUGUAUGAACGUGCUAUCGCAAUGCAGCAAGAACAACUGGAUAAAUACCAGAUGCAGAAUUCAAACAACCUCCAAACCGAGCUACAGACAAUCAUCGAUCGCGUCGUGAGGGAACUGAAUGUGACCAAGAAAGAUCUAGUGAUGACCAAUCGAGAUGAACUUGAGGAGAUCAAAAAAACCCUCGAGUCGUCCGAUGAGAACCUUGCAGCCAUGGAGAGAGAGUUAGAGGGAGCCAAACAGGAACUGGAGAACACAAAGCACGUACUCUCUCAAUGGCAGGAUGCAUAUGCGACUGCUUCCAAUAAUAAUGAUUCUCUCAGAACACAACGCAAAGCCGAUGCACCAACCAUCACAAACCUCAAGAGCACUUUGAAGAAAGAGAAGGCGAGGGCGUAA